CAUACACGAGUGCACCAUCCUCCACCUUUGUUUUCCCUCUAUACUGUUCCUGUUUCCUCGCCUUCUCUUACUGCAGCUUUUCUGACUGACACUAAGAAAGUAAACCCUCCAGCUUCGAAUCUACAGAGACAAGGGAGGAUUUAAUGCUUUUUUAACUAAAGGUUUGGCUUAAUGGCGUCAUCUGCAAUAAAAUCUGGGGCAUUAGUGUCACUAGAAGAGAUACACCCAUCUUCUCCAUUCUUCAAGCAAGGGGCAUCACUUAGAGUUACUGGAAAACUACAAGAGUAUUCUGUUGAGACAGCUAUAGCCAUAGUUAUUGAUGGAAAUGCCAACCUGAAGAUCAACACUCAGCAUCUGAGGGAUCUUAGCUUUCGAGUCGGUUCCGUCUACCAAUUCAUCGGCGAACUCCUUAUCCAACCUGAUAAUGAGGCAAUAUUGCAGGCACGUGUGGGUAGGAAUGUGGAUGGAAUUGAUCUAAAUCUCUACCAUCAGUCCCUGCAGCUGUUGAGACAAUUUCAAGCUGAUCACUUGAGUACCCCUUGAUCCAGUUUUGUCAACUCUGAAGCUUAGUUUUUGUCACUACCAUUCCAUUGUUCUGACACAGUGACAAGGGAAUUUUCUUUAGUUUUUAUUUCCCCUGUUUCUUUGUUAAUGAAGUUAGGAAGCAUUGGAAAAACUAAAACCUUUCCAUUGGGUUGCUUGAAGUUUUCCUUCUGAAAAAAAAAAGGUCCGAGUUAGAAAAAAGCAAUGUGGCCCAAUGUUCUACAAAUUGAGGGAGUGAAUUGAAAUUGCCUCAUUACUCAUGGAGUUAUUUUGUA